AUGUCCGUACCUGUCAUAAUAUGGUACCUCAUUAUCCGGUCUAUCCGUUGGCGAGAGGUCGGCUUGGGUCGUGACCGCAGCAAGUAUUUCUGUUGGUGGCUUCUAGUCGAGGUCUACAAUCAGUGCGAGAUCUUCGACAUCGAACGACCAGAUGAAACAAACAGGCGAUAUCUACCUCUUAUUCGUGAAAAGAAAUAUUGCGAUGCGAUGAGGCCUUCGCCGCUGAAAACUAGUGGUGAUGACUCGGAAGGUCAGUUCCAGGUAAUUGACGAUGUGGUCGAGACGGAAUCGCAACCCCAAGCAAUUGUGGAAUUGUGCACAAUGACUGAUCCAACAAACGAAGAGACGCUGAGAGCUUCAGUAAACGAGGUACUUAGACCUGCAGCGUAUGGUAGUUAUGGGACAUCAAGCAAACGUUAUGCAACAGCAAGGAACACUUAUGAGGCAACAUCUGAUCGUACCACAUCAGUUCCGGACAAUUCAUCCAUCUCUACUGACAUGCCAACUGAGCAAGAUGAAUACCAGAAACGUCAAGACUACCAGAACGACUACGAGAGAGGCUAUGAUGAAGGAUAUAAGUCCGGUUAUCAGGAGGGCAUCGACGCUGUCCAGGGUUCCACGGUCUACGAUGAAGCCUAUAACAGAGACUACAGCAGAUCGUCCUAUGGCAACCACAACCAUGAGGUAGCCAAUGCCGACACUCAAGACUAUCCGUAUCGUGGCUCGUUCAUGUUAGUAUCUUGGCCACAGAUGAAUCAAGUUACAACCAAGGUGCUGAGACACAUAAUGUCUAUAAUACGGACAAUACCGAAACGAGAUCAAGCAUUGUGCAGGAUGACGAUAGGUACAGGGGCACAAGGCAGAGAGGCACGGAAGAAGCAGGAAGAAGUCGUCUAG